CGGAUCACGUUUUCUUUUGGCAAUAGUCAUCACUUACCUCGAUGAUGUGCAUCACAUGAGACUCUGGCACAUUCCACAUGUGUACACCUUGUCCCCAGGCCGUUGAUUUGAUCAUCAUCCCCGUCCAUGAGAUAAGCCCCAUCACCGAGAGGAUCAGAAUCAACUCUUCCAGCUGCAUCGCCCUCAGGAUUCGAGCCUUGACAAACAAACGGAAUAUCACCGCAAAUAUCGACAAGCUUAGACAGACUGCGGCAGUGAGAUACAUCCACUUAUUCAAAUUCGGUGGAUUGUCGAAGUUGGUAACAUAUCCCGGCGGGGGUUGCAACCCCGGGACCUUGUCCAAGUCGGUUGCAGUCAUCGUGAUCGCAAAUUAUGGAGUAGCAGCUGUAUACGAGGCUCUAUCAGACAGCGUUCAUAUCCAGCUGGCCACUGUUCGUCAAAAAAAGGUUCAUGACAAAGCAGGAGGGCAGCAGCCAAGGUCGGUGGAUGUUGUUACAUAUGUAUCUCUAUACUCCACCCGUUUUUUCGAGGCCCUUUCGUCCGACACCAGGGGGGGCUUCUAUGAUGCGACGCAGAGCUGAUGGAAAACAGCCAGAUGGGGAAAGCUCUCACACGGUUUUACCGUCUGAUCAGGCUCUCUUUAAGGGGCAAGUUGGUGGUCCUGUCAUGCAUAAUUUAAAUUCACUCUGCCGUGUUCCUCGUGGAGACCAUCCACUGCAUGAAACAUGGCACGACGGGCAGAGUCCACUUUCCAGAAAAGCCGGCACGCCGCUUCUCCAGCAAGCGUCCAUUAGCGCCGUUGCUGAAGGUUACAGACCCCUGAAGAACAAGACUAGGAUAACGACCAGUCUCGGUAGUCAAGUCUCCCGGCAUCUAGUAGUCUUCCCGUUUGCGCCUAGCCAGCUGGCGAGUUAUACGAACCAGCUCCAGAGCAAAUUGCGAGUUAUACGAGAGGAGGAGUCGAUUAAGCGACGCGGCGUCCGGGAGCCUUUCCGCAGUGGGUAUUUAGUCGCUGGGGACCGAGUGUUUCCCGGGUCCAUCGAAUUACGCUUUAUACCAAGCGCCAACACGGUAUACCGGUCAGAAAGUAGUGGCGAGCCCGACGACAAAACACUUUCCGAGCAGACUGGAUGGUAUCUAGAUACCUGGUCGAGGAGAAGACUUAGCAGGUCAGAAAAGGCCUCACUACCAUUUCCCGUCCUCAGUAUCUAUUUAGAUGGUUCUUCUUCUCGGAAAGUGAUAUGGCUGGAGAAGGAUCGAGAAUAGUUCCCUAGGUAAAUACGGAUAGUUAUACAUACUCAUCGAGGUUCUUCCAACUUGCCAAGUCUCUCCUUGCCACCAGCCAACAUUAUUAUUGUUAUAUCAUGGGGUAGUUAUCCGGGGUAGACAUACAUACAAUGUUCCUCGUCCUGUCCGGCUGUCAGCUAAUUACACCAUAAAUUGUUAU